CCCGUCCCAAUGCACACUGCUCCGGGAACAUGGCGUGUCCGUGGUUGAGGCAAUGCAGGAGGUGGAGUACGAACUGUACGAGUACGAUUUUAUUUGAAACCUUGUGGCAUUAUAACGCCCGGUCCGUGUCGUCCUCCACGUCCUCUCUGGGGCAGAAGUCCUGGAGCUCCAGGCCGGGCAGCGAGGUGCAGCCAUCAGCACUACCAACACGGUUAAACCCAAAAACAUUAAACUUCACCACAUCUUUCACUAGACACAAGUCACGGUUGCUGAAUCCCACACUACAAUCAUGCUGCUGCAGAAAGAGUGUACACAGUGAUGCAAAGCUAAAGGACCCCUUCACGUUAGCCCAAAAAGACCUAACAAAUUUAUAUGAUGACAUCAGAAAGGAGCUAUUUGUAUCCAGAAGAGAGCUGAAGUCUCUCUGUGACUACUACUUUGAUGGAAAAGGCAAAGCCAUCCGGCCAAUGAUAGUCGUCCUGAUGGCCCGGGCGCUCAACAUCCACAGCAACCAGUCUGGAGAUUUGAUCCCAGGGCAGAGGACCGUAGCUAUGAUCACGGAAAUGAUUCACACUGCCAGCCUGGUGCAUGAUGACGUUAUAGACGGUUCAGAUAAACGAAGGGGAAAGGGAACAAUCAAUGAAUUGUGGGGUGAAAAAAAGGCCAUCUUGGCUGGAGAUUUCAUCCUCUCAGCUGCCUCCAUUGCCAUGGCUCGUAUUGGUGACAACACGGUUGUAAAAGUGUUUUCCCAGGUGAUAGAGGAUCUGGUGCGAGGUGAAUUCAUGCAGAUGGGCUCCAAAGAGAAUGAGAAUGAGAGAUUCAAACACUACCUCGAGAAAACCUUCAAGAAGACAGCAAGUCUUAUUGCCAACAGUUGUAAAGCAGUAUGUGUUCUAGUAAAUUCUGAUCCUGCAGUUCAUGAAAUAGCCUACCAAUACGGGAAGAAUGUUGGCAUUGCAUUCCAGCUGGUGGAUGAUGUCCUGGACUUCACAUCGGGAGCCAACCACCUCGGGAAGCCCUCGGCCGCAGAUCUCAAACUGGGCUUGGCCACUGGACCAGUCCUGUUUGCUUGCCAACAGUUUCCUGAGCUCCAUGCAAUGAUCAUGAGACGUUUCAGCUCUAAAGGAGACGUAGAUCGAGCCUGGAAAUUCGUCCUACAGAGCGACGGCGUGCAGCAGACCAAAUACCUGGCAAACCGCUACUGCCAAGAGGCCAUCAGGCAAAUCAGUAUGCUCCGGCCGUCGGCAGAAAGAGACGCCCUCAUCAGGCUCACUGAGAUGGUGCUCACCAGAGACAAGUGAACCUCCGCUGCUGGGCUUCACUUCAGGCAGCUACCUGUGGAAAAACAACUCGCCCUGCCCCUCCAUGAUGGCACUUACCAGGGUCAGACAAUUGAAUCAUUGGGAAUUUGGUUUCAGAAGGACCUUUUGUUGCAGGUUUUACUGCCAAAUCUGAGUUAAUAUUGAAGCAAGCUGUUCAUCAGAACACUUACUUACAAUCAAUUGCUCAAAACAACACGGAGAGGUCUCUCAAAAACAUCAUACAUGUAUGAAUACACCUGGUUUUUAAUGCAAAUCACUUGAUUUAGAUUUCCUGAAUGGUGUCAAAGGUUUGAAAAAGGAAAUCUUAAAGGGGCAGUGUGUGUGAUUUAGGGGGAUCUAUCUGCAGAAGUGGAAUAUCAUAUUUAUAACUAUGUUUACCAAUCACGACAGCAUGAAGCUGUUUUUCACCUUGUGAGUUUUUGUGUGUCAUACCAGAAUAAGUUAUUCUUGAAUGUACAAUUUAUGUGACGGAAUCAUUCUUUUCGACCCGAAGUUGCUUGUUACUAUUCGGGGAGAAAAAAAGCCAUGACAGACAUCUGUGCAGCAGCCAUUAUGUUUCAUAAGUGACAAAGCACAGUAUGAGAAUGAGGAAAUAUAUCAUAAUUAAAUAUAUACCAACAUGAAAUCAAUUUAAUGCUUUUAACGCAAAAUAAUUGCAUUGCCAAAGAAUAGAAAAUACAUUUGGCCAAUUUUAAGAUGACUUCCAGUACAAACGACGCCCAUUCACGGUCUUUUAUCUGAACAAAGAUACAGAGACAGAUAUUUGUGUUGGUUGUGUGAAUACAGAUAAGUAUGUGUCUGUACAAGUCGAGUGACCACAGAAGCUAUUCUGAUGACUUUGCAAGGUGUUUACAGGUCUGUCUGUGGGCAGAUAUUGUCAACAUGAUAGCAUCACAACCAGUCACAAAACGUUACAAGUGUGUAGUUGAGAUAAAAAUGAAGGCUAAGCUUGAAGAUAGGUGUGGUCAGAGCAAGGGUGCAGAGAGAAGGCCCCAUUUUUAUAGUGGGUUGUCUUCCAUGUGGUCCACCAUGUUGCACUGCCAUGUUUUGUGCAUAAUCAGUCCUGUCUCCACAGCAAAAAGAGGUCUGGCUGCACUGGUCAUCAUUCUGAAAUAGGAGAAAAGCAUGCCAGCUUGGGUGCAAUUGGUUAUUUAUUUGCAGUAACGGUGGCCCUGCAAAAUGGAUAACAAAAGGGAGGAUAAUUGUGUAUGAAAUAGGCACCCAAUGGCAGUCUACACCCUGUGAAUUAGACUACAGUAGCCCAGAAUGGACAAAUCAAACACUAGCUUUAGAGAAGAUAUUUGCAUUUGACCCGAAGGCCACUGUACAUGCUUGUAAAGAGACGAGUGAGUAGAGGGGUAUUCAGUUGGUUGCAAUCUGCAACCUCACCACUAGAUGCCACUAAAUCCUACACACUGCACAUUUAAAAUCAAUGGAUGACACUGAAACCUGCAAUCCUCUUAACUUCAUUCAGUACUGUAAUUGCAACAUCCUCCCACGCUUGAAAGCAGCUCUGACUGAAACUUUGUUACAUGUUGGCGUAGAGCGCGUGGCGGUGUUGCAAAAUCUGUGCAAUUCCAAAUCCAAUGGAAACAUUGUCAUUGGUGUGUUUGUUUGGAUCUAUUAUUGUCUUUCAAGAUCCGUCCACACCUCAGAGGCCAAACAGUCAUGUGUCUUUCUGACUUGUUUUGAAAUGUUAUACGGUUACUUAAGUAAUGCAAAGUGUCCUGUAACAACAAAGGCCUUAACAUCUUCAAUGACUGUGAGCUCAAUAAAUCUACAGUGAUGCUUUUUUUUUUA